AGUCCGCGCCCUCCACGAAGGCCCACUUCUGGUCCCAACACAGACCCAGGAAGAUCCCACUAUGGUGCUGUCUGCCGAAGACAAGAGCAACAUCAAGGCCGCCUGGGCUAAGGUCGGCAGCCAUGCCGGCGAAUAUGGCGCAGAGGCCCUGGAGAGGACCUUCCUGUCCUUCCCCACCACCAAGACCUACUUCCCCCACUUCGACCUGAGCCACGGCUCCGCCCAGGUCAAGGCCCACGGCAAGAAGGUGGGCGAGGCGCUCAACAGCGCCGUGGCCCACCUGGACGACCUGCCGACCGCCCUGUCGACUCUGAGCGACCUGCACGCGUUCAAGCUGCGUGUGGACCCCGUCAACUUCAAGCUCCUCUCCCACUGCCUGCUGGUGACUCUGGCCAGCCACCACCCCGCGGACUUCACCCCUGCCGUCCACGCCUCUCUGGACAAGUUCUUGACCUCCGUGAGCACCGUGCUGACCUCCAAAUACCGUUAAGCUGGAGCCGCGGCGCCCCUACCCCUGCCCGGGCCCCCCUGUGCUCAGCGCGCCGGCACUCUCUGACCUUUGAAUAAAGUCUGAGCGGCUGCGCA